CUCACCUUAUAAUAUACGUAACGUGAACUAUAGAUUUUCGAAGUCUCAGAACACGGCCUAUAUUUACGCUUACCGUACGUUUGAUGCUCCAUCUUUGAGCUGCCUCGUUCGCCUAUAACAUUACAAAUAUGUGACAUAUAUCACAGCGCGGUGCAUGUAAAUCGUUGCAAAAUGGAAAGAGUGCUCGAAGAGCGUUUAAGGGAAAGGGUCUGCCUCGGCGACACCGAAGCCGUCCAAGAUCUCUUGACUCUAGGUGUUGACGUUAACGCGCGAGAACCUGUCAGCGGAUGGACUGCAUUACAUUGGGCAUGUAAAGAGGGAUACUUAGACAUCGCUGUCUUACUCUUGAAAAAUGGUGCCGAUAAAAAUAUAAGAUCUGAGAUAGGCGAAAUCCCAGCAUCUGUCUGCAGCAAUCAACAAAUUUUAUAUCUUCUGAGCACAAACGAUGAUAUCGAGCGAAUUAUGUAUGACACAUCGUUACGCUCAGCUCCAUCCGCAUAUGCUCCACCAGAUUUUUUGCGUGCUACUGCAAAUUCUUCAAAAGCCAGAAAUAACAUGUAUGACAAGAGCAGACUCAUCUCAGCAUUUCAAGAUGAAUUGGUACUGAAAAUCCGAAUUGCCAAUACACCGGAUUCAGAUUUCAUAGAGGUGGAAUUACCACGAAGCGAGUUAACAUAUCAGGCUCUGUUGUGUCUAUGUUGCAAGGAGCUAGAUGUCAAUUCGCAUCAAAUCCAGAAACUACGAAAGUUGCCCAAUACUAGACUGAGGAAAGACAAAGAUAUUCAGAGACUUCAAAACUUUCAAGAGAUUGAAGUGGUCAUAGAUGCGACAAAUGUGUACAAGAGCAUACAAAAUUCUAACGGUGUCGCCAACAGUUUGCCAACAUUACCCGCUAAUGGAUAUCAAAGUAUAUCUAAGAAGGAUCAGACUAUUUUGUAUUGACUAUUAGUAUUAUGAAGGAAAUGUUCCUCACAAUUUCAAGUAUUUGCACAUAAUCUAGUAUAUCAAUAAAAAAGAAAUUUGUUAAGCAAUAACUGCCUUUAUUAACCAAAUAAUGGUAUCCAAGAGAUAAUGUCCU